GCUGCUCAUCGGGCCCUUGGGGUAUUUAUGCGGGGCGAGGCCCAGCAUUCCCCAUCCUGUCAGUGCUGGGGAGUGGAGGUGGCAGCUGCAGUUGAAUUCAGUAUGGCAUCAGAAAAGACCACAAAAAAAGAUCUGCUAAAUGCUGAGGAACAGCAGCAAGCGAGUGCUGUCAAUCGGGUAACCAGCUUGCCCUUGCUCAACUCUGCGUUCAACCUGGUCUCAUCUGCCUACAACUACACCAAGGAGACACAUCCUUACCUCAGUGGUGUCUGCAGUGUGGCUGAGACUGUGGCUGCUGUCGCAGUAGGUAGCGUGGUUGGUGGGGCACAGCCCAUCCUGAACCAACUUGAGCCACAAAUUGCACUUGUAAAUGAAUAUGCCUGUAAAGGACUGGAUCAACUGGAGGAGAACUUGCCUUUCCUUCAACAGCCAGCAGAUAAGGUAAUCUCAGACACCAGGCAACUGGUUUCUACCAAAGUGACAUCUGCUAUGGAUGCUGCCUGUGAGGCAAAAGAAGCAAUGGCUGAUAAAGUGACUGAAGCUGUGGGCCUCACUAAAAAUGUUGUUGGGGACAGUGUCAAGCUGACUAGGUCAAUGGUCACCUCCACUGUUAACAGUGCUGUGGAGGCUGCCCAGGGUGCCAAGGACCUCGUGACUAACAAGGUGACAGAGGCAGUAGACCUCACUAAACACAUGGUGGAAGACAGUAUUGGACUGACCAAGUCUGCAGUUGCUUCUACUAUUGUCAAUGCUGCGGAGGCUGCCCAGGGUGCCAAGGACCUUGUGACUAACAAGGUGACAGAGGCAGUGGAUCUCAGUAAACACAUUGUGGAGGACAGCGUUGGACUGACCAAGUCUGCAGUUGCUUCUACUAUUGUCAAUGCUGUGGAGGCUGCCCAGGGUGCCAAGGACCUUGUGACUAACAAGGUGACCGAAGCUGUGGACCUCAGUAAACACAUUGUGGAGGACAGUGUUGGACUGACCAAGUCUGCAGUUGCUUCUACGAUUACUGCUGCUGUAGGGGCUGCUCAGGGUGCAAAGGAUCUUGUGACCAACACAGUGACUGAAGCAAUGGACCUAACCAAAGGGGCCGUUCAGGAUGGUGUUGAGAAGACCAAAUCAGUGGUCACUUCUACAGUCAAUACAGCUCUGGAUGCUGCAUAUGGCACCAUAACUAGCAAAAUAAAUACAGCUUUGGAGCAGAGCAGAGAGGCUAUCCAGGAGGGUGUGGAGAAGACUAAUUCAGUGGUGACCAACAGCAUAAGCAAAGCCAAGGCAGUGAGCCAAGCAGUGGCAGGUAGUGUGGAAUCUGUCCUGGGUAUAUCGGAAGAUCUGGUGGAUCAGUACCUCCCGAUGACAGAGGAGGAACUAGGUAAACUGGCCACCACUGUGGAGGGAUUUGGUAUGGCUUCUGUGGAGGAGCAGAAACAGCAACAGAGUUACUUUGUGCGUCUGGGUUCCCUCUCUAACAAAGUCCGCCACCGAGCCUACCAGCACUCCUUGAACAAAGUGCAGCGCAUUAAGCAAAGCACCCAGGAUACUCUCUCACGACUACAGCUGGCAAUAAAACUGAUUGAAUCUGUGAAAAAGGAGGUUGGCCAGAAGCUUCUGGAUGGGCAGGAGAAGCUCCAUCAGCUGUGGGUGGACUGGAGCCUGACCCAACCCAAAGGAAACCAAGUUAAAACUGCCUCCCAAGCAGAGCAGGUAGAGUCACGGACUCUAGCUAUGCUGCGUAUCAUCACCCAGCAGCUACAACCUGUUUAUGAGAAUCUGAAAGCCAGCAUCCAAGGCCUCCCCAGCAACAUCCAAGAAGCUGUGUAUCAGGCCACUCGAAAUAUCCACAAGCUCCAUAGUUCUUUUUCCAGUGCUAUGUCUUUCCAGGACCUCUCCCCCACCACCCUGACCCAGAGCCAGGACUGUGUGGCAGAAGCCCGAAGGUCCCUAGAUGACUUGUUUGAGUAUGUAACUCAGAACACCCCUCUAAACUGGCUUGUGGGUCCCUUCAGGGCGAUAGCUAAAGUGUCACAGGAUAGCAGAAAGCAGAAGAAGAAAGCUUUGGUGACUGAUAUAAAAUCACCUGUGCUAGAAAAAGCUCCAUUGUCAAAGGAGGUGCCUAAGACACCCGAAGAGCCAAAGGGAGCAAACAGGAUCCUCGGGGAAGGGUGUGAAGUGCUAGAGAAGCUGGAAGAGAAAGCAGAGAAAGACACAGAGGUGGCGCUGGCUGUAAAGGAGGUAAAAACUAAUGCACCAGAGGAAGAUCUCUGAAGAAUUCCAGCUCUUCUGGCCAAAGCUCCCUGGCUAGAACAGCAUUUUAUAUUGUGUGUCCAACUGCCAGUCGUGCCAAGACUGCCUCCUGCUCUCUCCCUGUCUCAGGCUGAGUUUACAGUAAGAUGUAGUUUGCAUGGAGACUUGAUAAUCAAGGUGGGGUGAUUCCAUAUCUUGAUUUACUAUUUUCUAAAUCCUGCUGCUGCACUGAAAGGCAAGAUAGGGACCUGUACUUCAGCUUUUUAAGUCGGCCCAGCUGUAUGUGUGAAUGGCUAAUUCUUGCUGAGACAAGUUGUGGGAGAGAACUGGUCUCAACUUAUUUUUAAUGUUGGAUUUGUUUUUAAUUCAUCCAAGCUGCAGAGAUCGAGAGGAUGAUGCGCUUGACCUUUGAUACCAUUUCCCUCCUUCUACAAGUUUAAAAAUAUGUGUUACAGACAUGACUUCCUUUCUGCAUGUUGUGCUUCCGGAGAGGCUCAGCCCUGCAGCAGACCAUGAACAGCUGGGGGCAGGAGGCUGCUUCUCCAGAAGACACUUCUCUUUACGGAUCAGCCAAACACUUUUUCUUUCAUAGAGAAACACUUAGCAAGGUGGGAUUUUCUUUUAAGCAUGCCAAUUUGCAGUGGGAUUAUCUUUCCUAGUCAUAUAAAUGACUUCAGCGAUCUUCUGUUUGUGUCUAAGUAACUCCAUGCAUGAGACCUUUUGCAGCCAUUAAGAAGGUGGCAAAUGAGGCAGCUUUUUCCAGGAGUUACUCUGCCAUGCUAAUGGGAUAUCCUGUUAUUAAAAUAGGGGAGAUAGGUGCUGGUUAUUUUCCCAGCAAACAAUCCUUUGUAAUUGUUUCUAAGGUAACUUAUUUUGGUAACUUAUGUCCUGGCGUGGUCCCUGUGCUAAGGCUGGAAUAAUGGCAAGCAGACUUCAAAAUAAAGUGUGACCUGCAUUCAAA